AUGCCCCCAGCCCCAAGCAAUCCCACCGCCACAGGCGAAGACAAACGCCGCGCCGCCCGCGAAACAAUCGACAUCCUCUUCUCCAUCUCCUCGCUCCUCAACACGCAGCUAGACCGCCAAUCGCUCUCCUACUGCGUCUCAUUAAUCGAGAAUGGCGUCAAUCCCGAAGCGCUCGCGAACGCGAUUAAGGAGCUGCGCGCGCAGAAUGAGAGGAUGGGGGUUGCGCGGGCGCAGUGA